AUGAUACACACCCACCAGUUGUGUGGACCUCAGCCGAUCAGAUUUCCUUAGUCCUGGCCGCUCCCUGCAUCAGCCGAGCACACACACUGGUCGGGUCAUAGUAUGCACUGAUCUGGACUCUGUCUAGCGCGGCUCGGGAGCCAUCCACUGACAAAGACGACGCCAUGCUCCUGGGGGAUGGGAUGGACAGACACUCCCUCGCCCAUGAGAUUCUCAGCCAGCUGCCCCUGGCCCAGCAGACAGCAGCCUGGGGGACCCUGGGCACCAUCAAACCCUACCUUGGCUUUGAUGUGGAGAGUGACGUGCAGCACCUCAUAGAGGCCAUCACGGGCAAUGGUGCUGACCAUGGGGCCAUCCUGGAUGUGCUGACCAAUCGAACCAGCGCCCAGCGGCAGCAGAUCACCAAGGUGUUCCAGGCCCUCACCAAGCAGGACCUGCUGAAAUCCAUGGAAGCGGCUCUGUCUGGGAACCUGGAGCGGGUCAUCGUGGGGCUGCUGAAGCUGCCGGCUCAGUACGAUGCUCACGAGCUGAGGGCGGCCAUGCAGGGCAUGGGCACUGAUGAAGAUGCUUUGACCGAAAUUCUCUCCACUCGAUCCAACCAGCAGCUCAGAGAAAUCUUGGCCUUUUACCAGCAAGAUUUUAAAGCAGACCCUGAGAAGGACAUAGCCUCGGAAACCAGCAGUUGGUUCAAGGAAAUUCUCCUGGCGCUAGCAAAAGGGAAGCGUGAGCGCAACACCGGGAUCAUCGACUAUGCCCUGAUACAGCAGGAUGCCAAGGCUCUUGCAGACCCAGGAGCCAGCAGUGAGGGGGCUGGUGAGAGGACAUGGAUAAGCAUCUUCACGCAGCGAAGCCCUGAGCAUCUCAGCAGAGUGUUCGGUCAGUAUCAGAAAUCCCACGGGCUGGAGGUGGAGGAGACCAUCUGCAAGCGCUUCCAGGGAGAUGGCCAGGCGGCCAUGCUGGCCCUAGCCUCAGUGUGCAGGAACACCCCGCGCUACUUUGCCGAGAAGCUGCACAACGCCUUGAAGGGCCCCGGCACGGAUGACAAAGUCCUGAUCCGUGUCCUGAUCUCCCGCAGUGAAACCGACCUGCUGAGCAUUCGCUCUGAGUUCAAGAAACGCCAUGGAAAGUCUCUGUACUCCUGUCUCCAGGUGGAGACGAGAGGCGAUUACCAGGCAGCGCUGCUAGCCUUGUGCAGGGCGGAAGACCUGUAGGGCAGCUGCCAGCUUCGGAGAAACCCGCUGAGCCAAUCGGCCUGCAGAAAACGGUGGGGAACGGUGCACCAGGGAGGGAGGGAAGCAUGAGUCCGCCCCGUGGCAUCGGGUUCAUUCCUUUUAUCAUGUUCAUUCAUUUUAUCAUGGAAACAGCUACGAGCCGCACUCAGCAGGGAGCAUCUACACUGCAACUGGGGUAUGUGAUUGCAUCCCUGAGCCUUGAAUAACAAAAGCAGGGAUGGGGGGCUGCCUGGGCAAGCCCUGCCCUCCCAGGACCCUGGGUAUUUAGUUGAGCAGCCUCCGCCCAUGCAGUGUUUCAAUAGGUGCGGGCAUCACUGCUGUUGUUGCUGGAGCGAGCUGGCUAGAUCCCCGCUGCACACUCUGCAGUCACACCUCCCCAGGGCAGGGCAGACCAUUUUUAAAUCAAGGUUGGAGGUUUUGCUAAAAGUUCUGCACUAGGAAUUGUUUCAGGGCAGGUCUCUGGCCUGCGCAAUCCAGGAGCUCAGUCUAGAUGAUCACAAUGGUCCCUUCGGGCCUUGGACUCCAGGAAUACCAGGACCUGCAGCCAUCCCAGGGCUGAGAAAUCAGCAGUGCUGCCAAUUCUUGUGAUGUUCUUGAAGUCCCAGCUCCAGGAGUCGUGUGAUUCUGGGGGAACGUUGGCUUGCAUUUUCAAAAAAGGCUUCAUCCACAUGGGAAAGUUUUCCAGCAUGUGAUUUUUAAACUGAUAUAAUUAUACUGGUAUAAUCUCCUCCAUGGGGCAUGCCUAUCCUGGUGCAAGAGGGCCAUUUAGCUACGUCAGUUGGGAAAGGGUUUAAGUGAAAUCCAACACACACCCCCGUCCUACUGAAAUAAGAGGGGCCACACCUGGGGUUACCCCAGUAUUUCUCUCUCUGGCUAAUUAUAAUACCUGGCUCUGUUAUUGCGCUUUUGUUCAGCAGAGUGCAAAGUGCUUUCUAACAGAGGGCAGUGUUCCUAUCCCCAUUUUACCGAUGGGGCAAUUGAGGCACAGAGCAGGCAGUGACUUGCCCAAGGUCACCCAGCAGGCCAGAGCUGCCAUGUCCUCCCAGUCCAGCACUCCAGCUACUAAAACACUGCUGUGUAGACACACUCUCAAUUUUUAGCCCUUGGGGUGGUGGAAAGAAGCUUAAGAAUGUGGCCUGAUGGCAACCCUCAAGGUUCAGAAACCGGGAGCUGGGGAACAGAGAGCCAGACUCCAAAUUUAUUAUUUUUCAACAAUCUCAUGAUUUUUCAGCCAUGCUUGUGAUAUUUGCAGGUCUGAUACCUGGUGUUUGAUCCCUUGACUUUGGCAACAGAGAGUCAGGAAAAUUGAAUCUCUCUCCGGCUUGGCCACUAUUAAAAUUUCUACCUUCAUAACUGUCAAUCAGGAGAUGAUUUUUUUUUAACCAGUAUAGUCAGACAAAUGGGUCAAAUCAUACUGUGUAUACCAGUAUAAAAGCACCUUAUACUGGUACGGCUGAUUCCCCUUCCCAUAUAGGACCAGCUAUGCUGGCAUAAUGCACCUCUCUACUCAUAUAACUUCAUCCCUACUAGGGCCAUGCCUACCCUGUAGAUCAACUUUUCCAGACGACUGUAUCCCUUUCAGGAGUCUGAUUUGUCUUGUGUACCCUCACUUCUGCUUACAAAAUCAGACAUAAAAAUACAGGUGUGUCCCAGCCACACCAUUACUGAACAAUUGCUGACUUUCUCCUUUUUACCAUAUCAUUAUAUCAAAUACAUCGACUAGAAUAUAAAUAUUGUACUUACAUUUCAAUGUGAGCCUUGUUUGAAGCCAGAGCCUCAGGCAGCAGGGCUGAAUCAUAUAACUUAGUGUUGCGGGUUCCCCUGUGAUGUGGGGCCCCGGGCAAUUGCCCUGCUUGCCACCCCCUAAUGCUGGCUCUGCACUUGCGAUCCCCCUAAACUCAUCCCAUGAGCCUCCUAGGGGCUGCAACCCCCAGGUUGAGAAACAUGAAUCUAGAUGAGUUGAGUACGCCCUGGAAGUUCUCUGCAUAUCGCUGGUUGAGAACCACUGCUAUAGCAUUCUGCCAGCAUCUAGCUGAGAUCUAAACAGCUGAGAGCUGCCCCUUUAAGGCCAGGGCUACCCUGACCUCGGCUGGUAUAGCAAUGGCAGCCAGUAGUAUGAUCCCCGAGCUACAACGCUGUACCCCCACUGUAGACAGAGUUAUAUGAGCGUCACCCAUUUCACUGGGUGGGGCCGGUAAAAGUGCGGUUUUGCCAGUGUAAGCUGCGUCCGCACUAAGCGUGCUUUGCUGUUCUAUCACUGCAGUGUAGGGCCAAGCAGGGCCCUGGCUGCAGGGUGGGAUUGGCUGCUUUAAUUAUACCAGGCUAUCGUUCAAAGUGGCACAACUUUCUAGCAGAGACACAUGUGCCUAUCAGGCCCCACUCACGGUGGUGUGGGCUCAGAGUGCCUCAGAGGCAGGGCCAUGCUGUUAUCCCCCUUGCAUGGAUGGGGAGCCAGCGCCCCCAAAAGCAACGAGAUUGGCCCAAGGCCAUGCGGGGAGGCUGGGGGUUCUGGUAGGACUGAACGCUGCUAGAAUCGCUGCUAUGGCUGUGAAAAAAGCUAAUGCGGUUUUGGGAUGCAUCAGGAGAGGCAUUUCCAGUAGGGAUAAGGAGGUUUUAGUACCGUUAUACAAGGCACUGGUGAGAC